AUGCUACGAAUCCAAGUCGUCAAGCUCGCAAGGACCACCCCUUCCCUCCGCCGCAACCUCACCGUAACAGCCAUCCGUGCCGCCGAAGGCGAUACAGGCGCAACCCGCUCCGGAGGUGUGAAGUCUAGCGACUCAUUCAACAAGCGCGAGGCAGCAGAGGAGUCACGGUACAUUCGUCAGAAGGAGCUCGAUGCGUACGUCUUCCCACCAAUUCCCCAUAGCACGUUCCGCCAGCCCCAGCGUGAUGGGAUUUCUGGUGCCCUGCUCAAAAAGCUCAAGGAGAAGCUCCAGCAGCAACGAGGCCACCUGGACGAGCUCGAGAAGCAUAUCAGUGAGCUGGAACAGGAGAACUCGCGCUCGUGA